AUGCCACCAAAAAAGACUUCAAAAAGCGAUACAGCAAUAGUGAGAUCAAUGACUGAAAUGCUUAAAGACUAUGAACAUCGAGUUGAGCGUUAUGAAACAGCAGUGUGCAAUUCAAUUAGAAAGUGUUUUAAAAAAGCUUUGGAAGAAGAUCGUCCUGUGACAAGAUUUUUAGUUGAUCCACAAGAUCGUCGUGUGGUUGAAUACUGGGACGAUGACAGACUGAUUGAAGCUCUUAAAGAAGACACCGAUGAAGGUGUAUCUACCAAAAAGAAGAAAAUUAGAAGUAAACUAGUGAAAGAAGACAAACCAUUGGUUAAACUUCUACCGCUAAUUGAAUCUAUACGUGCAAGACGGUAUACACUGAUACAAGAAUUAUUUGUAUGGGACUGUCAUGUUGAAAAUGAUGACAUGGUAGCAUUGAGUGGACUGUUGAUUAAAGGAUGUUAUGCUAUUACGCGUCUUGAACUAAUCGACUGUUUUCUAAAUGCUAAGAGUAUUGGUACACUAGUCGCUAACAUUGCAGUUUCCAAGUCAUUACGUGAAUUAUGCUUAGAUUUUAACGACAUUGGUGAACUUGGUUGUCGUGUAAUGUGUAAUGGUUUAGCCAAAAGUCGUUAUCUUGUUCAUUUAAGUUUGAGUUUUUGUGGCCUUACAAAACAGUGCGGUUUAUGGCUUGGAAAUCUAGUCGCAGAAACUGCAAUCAGGGAACUUAUUUUAGACGGUAAUUAUUUAGAAGCUGAAGGAACAAUAGCUCUACUUAGUCGACUUUCGGAUGCUGCAGACAAAGAAGGAUUUGAGCGUACUGAAGAAAUAAGGAAAAAGCAAUUAGCUGUAGAGGAGGGUAAAAGACGAAACAGAAUCAAUUUAGAUGCAUUGCCUCCAGUCGACGGAGAACCAGAUGAAAAUACUGAAGCAGCUGGCCAGCCUACGUCUACAUCCCCAGCACCAUCAAGUAAGACAAACUCGGCAAAAAAUUCUAAAACGAAAAAGAAGAAAUCAUCUAAAUUGGGCAGACGUAUGAAAAAAGGUAAAGGCAGAUAUUCAGUUCCUCCAGCUGGUCCACAAAUUUCUGUGCUUAAAUUAUCCGGGAAUAAAAUUGAUCAUAAUGGUCGAGGUGGGAAUUUUGCUCCAGUUAGAUGUAUGCAACUGCUAAAAAGUAUUAUUUCACACAGUAAAGAUCUGCAAGAAAUUGAUUUAUUCGGUAAUGAUAUUGGUGAUCUUGCAGCUAGACAAAUUUUAGAAGGUAUACUGUAUCGAAAAGAUGCUAAACUACCACAAAUCGGUGUACGUGUUGAUUAUCGUAUUAAUCAGGAUACAUUUGAUAUGGUGCAUAGAUUAGCACCUGGUCCAAAGAAGAAAAAGGGUAAAGGAAAGAAAGGGAAAUAAGUGUGAUUAAAACAUCAGUAAGAAAUAUCUAUGGAAAGGAGCACUGGUGUUUAUAAGUUUACUCCACAGAAUGUGUUUGCAUUUAACUAAAUAUACUUUCAAUAAUAUUGUAAUUAUUGACGUAUAAAAACAUAUUAAACAUGUAUGUUUUCAUAUACAGAAUUCUAAAACUCAAAUGCUA